AUGUUUUGGCUAAGUUCGCUCGUUUUGUCGUUAUGUGCAUCUUUGACGCUGGGUCAGAGCAGUAAUAGUACUAGUACGCCUGCAAUUAACAUUACUGGUAAUGCCUUUUUCAACUCCGAGACGGGAGAAAGAUUUUACAUUCGUGGUGUGGAUUACCAACCAGGCGGAUCUUCUAAUUUGACUGAUCCAUUGGCAGAUGUUGAAAUUUGUAAGAGGGACAUCCCAGUAUUCCAAGAUCUAGGCAUCAAUACUAUUAGAGUUUACACCGUGGACAACAGUUUGGAUCAUUCUGAAUGUAUGCAAAUGUUGCAAGAUGCUGGCAUCUAUCUGAUCUUGGAUGUCAACACUCCCGAGGCAUCUAUCUCUCGUUAUAACCCAUCAUGUUCUUACAACGCAGUCUAUUUGCAGUCUAUCUUUUCUACAGUGGAUGAUUUUGCUCAAUAUGACAAUGUUCUUGGGUUUUUCGCUGGUAAUGAAGUUAUCAAUAUGGCGAACAAUACUUACACUGCCACUUACGUUAAAGCGGUUGUGAGAGAUUUAAAAAAUAACAUUAAAGCAAGAGAUUAUAGAGCUAUCCCAGUUGGUUACUCGGCUGCGGACAUUGAGUCCAACAGAGAAUUAGCUGCCCAAUAUUUCAAUUGUGGUGAUGAUGAAGAUGCAAGAAUCGAUAUGUUCGGUGUCAAUGAUUAUUCCUGGUGUGGUCAGUCUUCUUUCCAAACUUCUGGUUACAAUGAAAAGAUGAAGAUUUACGAAGGUUACUCAUUGCCAAUCUUUUUAAGUGAGUUCGGUUGUAAUCAAGUUGCCAGCUCAAGACCUUUUACUGAGAUUGGCUCUUUGUAUUCUACUCAAAUGUCCAGUGUCUUCUCCGGUGGAUUGGUUUACGAAUAUUCGAACGAGACCAACAAUUAUGGUUUGGUUCAGAUCGUGAGUGAUACUGAAGUCACCAAAUUGCAGGAUUUCGAUAAUUUGAAGGAGCAAUACAGCAAGCAAGAAAACCCAUCCGGCAACGGUGGCGCCUCCACUUCCAACGAGCACUCUACUUGUCCAGACUAUGAAGAAGGUAUUUGGGAGGCAAACACAACUCUACCAGAAAUGCCAAGUGCCGCAUCCGUUUACUUUUCCAGUGGUGCCGGUGCUCCUCAAGGUACUGGUUACGACACCCAGUCACAAUGCGACUCUGAUGAUUCUGAUGACGACAGCUCUAGCUCUUCUUCGACCACUACUUCCGAUUCGUCUUCCGAUUCAUCCACUUCCACUUCCGCUUCGUCUACAGAUGCGUCGUCCACCAGCUCUUCGUCAGCAACGUCGUCAUCUUCUUCUUCAUCGUCAUCGUCGUCAUCUUCUUCUAAGACCAAAAACGGUGCUGUCGUUGUGGAAAUCCCAAGAGUGUUCCAAGCUAUCACUCAACUACUCACUAUGAUCAUUUAG